AUGAUUACUAACGUAAAUGCGAAGUAUCCUGGAGCAGUCCACGAUGCAGCAAUAUGGGACUCUUCAAACAUACAGAGACAUCUUAAGCAAAAAUAUGAAGAUGGAAGACGAAACUGCUACCUACUUGGUGAUUCAGGAUAUCCUCUCCAGCCGUGGCUGAUGACACCAAUCCUCGAAACAAGAGCUAAUACCCCCGAAGCUCACUAUAACAGUAUACAUAUCAACACACGCAAUGUGGUUGAAAGGGGCUUUGGUAUUUGGAAAGCCCGUUUUAGAUGUUUAAGGAAAGACAGGGUUCUUCAUUAUUCUCAUGAUACAAGUGGCAUGAUAAUUUAUGCUUGUGCUGUUUUGCAUAAUAUUUGCAGAAUAUAUAAUGCAGAACAAGAGUAUGAAGAUAAUGGCGACUCUCAUGACAACACUGAUCAGACUACUAACAGCAGCCAUCCUGAUGAUGCUGCAAUUCCAAGUAAUGAUUUUCUCACAGAGGGCAGGUUUAUUCGCCAGCAACUUGUAAAUCAGUUGUCUACUGCGAUCAGGUGA